AUGGCGUCCAAGGCGUCGGCUUCAUGCAGCCUAUUCCUUGCUCUUAACCUCCUCGUGUUUGCAGUGACCAGUGCCUGCCCUACCUGCGGCGGCUCGGGCAACAAUGGUGGACACGGCAGCAGCGGCGGCGGGCAUGGUGGUGGCGGCGGCGGAGGGUAUGGAGGCGGGGGCGGUAGCGGCCAUGGGGGAGGCGGUGGAUAUGGAGGUGGAAGCGGCGGGAGUGGUGGAGGGAUCAUCGGCGGCAGCCCCGGUGGUGGUAUCAUCGGCGGCAGCCCCGGUGGUGGAAUCAUCGGUGGCGGCUCUGGUGGUGGCAUCAUAGGCGGCCCUGUGGGUGGGAUCAUCGGCGGUGGGAGCGGAGGUGGUGGAAGUGGCGGCGGCGGCGGGUAUGCAGGAGGCGGCGGCGGAGGCAGCGGUGGCGGGACGAGCGGAUGGUACGGCAAGUGCCCAACGGACGCGCUGAAGCUGCACGUGUGCGCCAACGUGCUAGACCUGAUCAAGGCGAAGGUGGGCGUGCCUCCGUUGAACGACCGGUGCUGCCCGCUGCUCAACGGGCUCGUCGACCUGGACGCCGCCCUCUGCCUAUGCACCGCCAUCAAGGCCGACGUGCUCGGCAUCCACCUCAACCUCCCCAUCCACCUCAGCCUCAUCCUCAACUUCUGCGGCAAGGGCGUCCCGACCGGCUUCAUGUGCCCUAACUGA